UAUCGCGGCAUGUUGGUCGUUGUAUUGGUGUCGCAUGUUUGCGAUAAACAGCUUGUUUUCAUUCAUUACAAUACAUGAAAUUGUUUUACAAGUAUACGUUAAUAAAAUAAUACUUGAUAACUGAAUUACAACAUAAAAUUAAAACAUAAAAGUAACAUCGAAAAGAAAGAAUAUAAUUGAAAUAAAAGACUGAACAAUUGAAUAUUUUUUUGUACAGAGCAAUGACUUCAAGUGUAGUGUGUGUAUUAAAGGAAAGGUGUUCUUGAUUUUCUUAAAGAAUAAACAAGUUGGAAAAAUCGUUAGGUAGCCAGUUUGACAGGUUCCCAACGCUUUGACUCUAACUUGUUGAUCGUUGAGUCUUGUUUAUAGCAACGUGCCAUGAAUUAUUAUCAGUUAAGUAGUAAUAAAAGUAACAGUAACACGAUGGCACUAAUCCUAAAUUUGCUAGUGUGUUUACUUACUGUCUUUAAUCCUGCUUAUACUCGGGACACUAAGAGUGAUCCACUAAUAGUUGAAACAAGUAGUGGUCUUAUUCGUGGUAUCUCAAAAACAGUUUUAGACCAUGAAGUUCAUAUUUUUUUAGGAAUACCAUUUGCCAAACCACCCAUUGGCCCAUUGAGAUUUCGUAAACCAUUACCAAUUGAACCAUGGCAUGGAAUAUUGAAUGCAACAACACUAUCUAACAGUUGCUUUCAAGAACGUUAUGAAUAUUUUCCUGGUUUCGAUGGUGAAGAGAUGUGGAAUCCAAAUACUAAUGUAUCGGAAGAUUGUCUUUAUCUGAAUAUUUGGGUACCACAAAAAUUUCGAGUGAGGCAUAAAGAAGCAUCAAGUACUGAGAAGAAAGCGAUACCUUUGUUAGUUUGGAUUUAUGGCGGUGGAUACAUGACAGGAACGGCUACUUUGGAUGUAUAUGAUGCUGAUUUUAUGGCUGUUGCUUCUAAUGCUAUCAUAGCAUCUAUUCAAUAUCGUGUGGGUGCUUUUGGCUUUUUAUAUCUUAAUAAAUAUUUUGGUAAUAGUGAAGAAGCUCCCGGUAAUAUGGGUCUUUGGGACCAAGCUUUAGCUCUUAAAUGGUUGAAAACCAACGCCCCAGCGUUUGGUGGUGAUCCAGAUGCUAUAACUAUUUUUGGUGAAUCUGCUGGAGGUGGUUCUGUAUCACUUCAUUUGAUUUCACCAGUCACUCGAGGUCUUGUACGACGUGGUAUCCUUCAAAGUGGUACUCUUAAUGCACCAUGGAGUUUUAUGACUGCUGAAAAGGCUAAUGAAGUGGCAAGAGUACUAGUUGAUGAUUGUGGAUGUAAUUCCACUAUGUUAACUGAAAAUCCAGCAAGAGUUAUGGCUUGUAUGCGGUCUGUUGAUGCCAAAACUAUUUCAGUGCAACAGUGGAAUAGUUAUUGGGGAAUUCUUGGCUUUCCCUCAGCUCCUACUAUUGAUGGUGUUUUCCUACCAAAACAUCCUCUAGAUCUGUUGAGAGAAGCGGAUUUUGAAAAGACUGAAAUACUCAUUGGAAAUAAUCAGAAUGAAGGAACUUAUUUUAUUCUCUAUGAUUUUAUCGAUUACUUCGAGAAAGACCAGCCAAGUUUUCUUCAACGAGAAAAAUUUCUCAGCAUUAUUAAUACCAUCUUUAAAAAUAUGUCUGAAGUUGAGAGGGAAGCUAUUGCUUUUCAGUACACUGAUUGGGAACGGCCUAAGGAUGGAUACAGAUAUCAAAAAGCCAUUGCUGAUAUUGUUGGUGAUUAUUUCUUCAUAUGUCCGUCCACGCUCUUCGCUCAAUUAUUUGCAGAUCGUGGCAUGAAGGUCUACUACUACUUUUUCACUCAGAGAUCAAGUACUAAUCUCUGGGGUAAAUGGAUGGGUGUAAUUCAUGGCGAUGAAGUGGAAUAUGUGUUUGGACAUCCGCUCAACAAAUCACUCAAGUACACGGAUAAAGAAAGAAAUUUGUCCGAAAAAAUGAUCGAUGCAUACUCAAGAUUUGCUUUCACUGGAAAUCCAUCGAAAAAAAACGAAUGGCCAUUGUACACACGUGAUUCACCGCAGUAUUUUAUUUGGAACGCAGAGGAAGAAGGAUUAGGUUUUGGACCACGAUCAACAGGAUGUGCAUUUUGGAAUGAAUUCCUUCCGAGGUUGGAAGGUGUUCCAGAAUAUGUAUAGACAAUCAGCGCAUAUUUACACAUAAAUCAUCAUUUUUUAAUAUACAAUCAUACGUACAAAGUAAGAAGCAUAAAACAUUGUCAUAAUACAAAUAAUAAUAAUUAGAAUAGUAUUUAUCGAUUGAAUUUCAUCAUAAAAAAUUUAAUCCUCGUAAACAUUUAGAAUGAAUAGUGAAAUAAAUCUUCUAUACUUGACGUCAAAUUCUUAGCACGUUUUAACAGCCAUAACUUGAGAGUUAGCCUCGAAAACUAACGUAACACGUUUACGUUUAGUUUCUCACAGAAACUUAGCGGCAUAUAGGAGACUUUAUACCAAUAAAACUUCUGUACCUAAAAUUUCUCGUAUUAUUAGAGUAAAAUCCAGGAGAAAUGGUUAUCAAUUUGUUUAUAUGAAUUAAUUAUAAUUAAUAAUGACAUUGUAUAAAAAAAUAAAAAUAUUUUCGGUCAUUCUAGCAAGUAUUAUUUUUAUUUGACAAUAUAAACUUAUUCAUUUUUUGUCAAAAAUUGACGUAAUUUUGUGUAAAACUAUUUUAUAUUCAUAUUCAUUAAAAUGAUUACAUCUGGAUAUAGUAAAUGUAAAAUAAACAGUUGCUUACGACCCCCGUGCAGUCUAUAAUUCAAAUUAGACACAUGUAGAAGUUUUGUCAUCACUGAUCAAACUGAAUUGGUUCUAAUUAAAUCAACCAGACUUCGUAAACCACUAAAUUCAAUCAAAUCUAAUUAAAUAUAAGUUUGAAUUCUAGCAUAACCCACAUGAUGACUCUGAUUUCUACCAAUUGUAACAUUUGCUCUCAUUACGAUCAUAUCGAUAAAAAUAAAAUUUAUAAUUAAAAUUAAAUUAGAUAAGAUGCUAUUAUAAUGAUGUGAAUUAUUCAUUUUUUUUUAAAAUUCUUUUUGGAAUAAUUUUUAUAUAUGAUUUAAUAUUUGUAUACCUUAAGAACUCAAAAUUCAGGAUAAAAGAUUGACCUUUAAUUAUAGAGGCAUUUUGAGUUAUUUAAUAACUAUGGUUUUUGUGGUGUAACGAAAGAGAAUAACUAAAUUUAUUGUUUCAUAGAAGUUUCAGUUACUGAGGUUCAACUUGACCGCUUCCAUAUCUAUAUGUAUUUAAUUAAAUCAAUUGAGACAAAGAUUCUAGGAUCAGUCCAGUUGUCAAUAUAAUUUUAUUUAAUGUAAUGACUAAAUUUUAUUAUCUCUUGUUCAGUUGCACAUGAAUCAGUGUCUUUUCUUUCUAACAUUAUAAAUUUAUUUAAUUAAGUUAUUGAUUUGUAUUAGUUUAAUUAAUUGAUAAAUUUUUAAGGUCAAACAAUGAAUAAUUAAAAUGGCAGGCAUAAUUAUUUUCAUUCCGAAUUGAUAUUAUUUAUUAGAUAGAUAAGUUGAUGAAGAUUUUAGCAAAAGACUGAUUUUUUUUUUUUUAAUUAAACAAGCCAUACUCCUCGAUUUUACUUGAUAAUAAUUAAAUUUUUUUCAUUAUCA